AUGAUGGUUGAAGAAGCAGCAGCAGCUUCAGCAUCUGAAGCUUCGAGUGCUGUGACUGAUGACCUCUCUGAAGAGGAGCGUGAGAAGACUCUUGAAUUCACUGAUGAACUUGCUGAGAAAGGCUCUGUGUUCUUGAAGGAGAUGGAUUUCGCUGAGGUUGUUGAUUGCUUCAGUCGUGCUCUCGAAAUCAGGGUUGCACACUCUGGUGAACUCCCUGCUGAGUGUGUAAACGCUGCAAAUAUGGAUCAGCUCUCUUGGAGAAGGCUCAAGCUGAAGCUGAUCCACUUGGUAACAUGCCAAAAAAAGACAUUGAAACUAAGCAGGAGUCUAGCAAUAAGAACACUGCAAAUGGUGAACCUUUGA